CAUCCUCGUUUGGGGACGUUAUAUAAACCCUACCCCCCUCUUCCCUCCAUGUUAAAUCCUCACAGCUCAUCCCCUUCAUCUUCGACCUCGAUCCCAACUCUAUCUAUCCAAAUGGGCAGCCUCGGCACCGACGCUCUCGACGCCGGCCUCGGCUUCCUCCCCUUGAACCCUCUCGACCCCGAGGAGUUCCGCCGACAAGGCCACAAGGUCAUCGACUUCCUCGCCGACUACUACCACAGCGUCCACAAUUACCCGGUCCGAAGCCAAGUGGAGCCGGGUUACCUCAAGAAACUCCUGCCCGAAUCCGCUCCCAACCAGCCCGAAUCCAUGGACACCAUCCUCAGCGACAUCUCCGACCACAUUAUCCCGGGCCUCACUCACUGGCAGAGCCCGAACUACUUCGCUUACUUCCCGUCGAGCGGUAGCACCGCCGGGUUCCUCGGGGAGAUGCUGAGCACCGGGUUCAACGCCGUGUGCUUCAACUGGAUGUCGUCGCAGCGCUGCGGCACUGAGCUCGAGGAGAUCGUCACCGACUGGAUCGGGAAGCUGCUGCGUUGCGGAGAGUUCUUGUUCUCCGGUGGGGCGCGCGGGUUUCUGCAGGGCACGACGUGCGAGGCGAUACUGUGCACGUUGGUCGCGGCGCAGGGACCGGGGUAUGUGAGUCGAUCGCGGGAGGGAAUCGGAUCUGACAGGCUCGUCGUCUACGGAUCCGACCAAACGCAUUGCGCGCUUCAGAAGGCCGCCAGAUCGCCGGCAUCCUUACCCGCCAAUUUCCGAGCCCUUCGAACCCUCAAGAGGGACAACUUCGCUCGCUCCGGAUCGCUGAGGCGCGCCGUGGAGGCGGACGUUGAGGCGGGCUGGUCCCGCUUUUCUUGUGUGGCGACUGUGGGGACCACCUCCGUCGACUGCGGUCGACCGGCUCCCCGGCUGUGCUCCGUCGCGGCGGAGCACGGAUGUGGUGCACGUGACGCGGCGUGCGGCAGCGUGUGCAUAUGCCCGGAGUUUCGGCACUUCAUCGACGGGUCUGAGGGCGGCCUCCUUCAGCUUCAAUGCCACAAGUGGUUCUUCACUAACCUUGACUGCUGCUGUCUCUGGGUCAGGGAACCGCAGGCUCUGGUCAACGCACUGUCAACGAACCCCGAGUACUUGAGAAACAAGGCGACGGAGUCGAAGCAGGUGGUUGACUACAAAGACUGGCAAUCGCGCUGAGCGCGGUUCAGGGCGAUGAAGCUGUGGAUGGUCCUGCGGAGCUACGGUGUGGCGAACCUUAGAACUUCUUAAGGUGCCACGUUUAAGAUGGCGAAGAAUGUUCGAGGGCUGGUGGCGGCGGACGAGAGGUUUGAGAUCGUCGUGCCGAGGAAUUUCGCGACGGUCUGUUUCCGGUCAGCGGUUCCAACGCCGGUUGGUACCCGAAUCGCUGGGGAUGAAUUGGACCGGGUUAACGAGCUGAACCGGAAACUCAUGGACUCGGUCAACGCCUCCGGCCAGCUUUUCGUGACUCAUGCUGUUAUAGGCGGAGUCUACGUGAUAAGAUUUGCGGUGGGGGCCACACUCACUGAGGAGAGGCACGUGAGGCGCGCGUGGAAGGUGGUACGGGAGCACGCUGAGGCCAUGCUCAUGGUGUAUGGCAAAUGAUCGCGUGAUCAUCCGUGGGAUUGGGGAGAAUGAAAAAAGAGGGAGAAUGAAAAAAAAAGGGUGUACAAAAUUUGGGGCAUCAAAAUACUUUCUUUUGAAGAAAUAAGGAUGUUGUUUGAAUUGCAUUGAGGUGUAUAUCUUUCGGAAUUCUUA